CGACCGCGUCUGAUGCGCGACUUCCCCAGAAUGAUGACGGCAUCAACCUCAUUUGACAACAUUCAGCUCAUUACACUUCUUGACGAUGCUGCCAGCAGAAAUCUGGAAGAUGAUAUCUGAUCAGAUGAUGAGAGAAAAGAGUUAGUACAUGGACGGGUGAUUUUGUUCACUAUGGGAACUCCGGCCAAAAAGCGCAAGCUUAAUAGCGAUUCCAAGGCUUCACCUGCCACCUCUCGCAGUCUGGACUAUUUCUUUGGAAAACAGAAGCAAGACCCUCCCAAAGCUGUGUCGAAUGCAGAGCAGGCCAUCGAUCAUAAUUGCGAUAUCUCAGAUUUGACGGAUGAGCAAUUGGCACGGAAGUUGCAGGCCGAAUGGGACCAAGAAGAUGAUGCAACGAAGGAGAUGCAGGAAAAUACUAAAGCAGACGCCACAGAAAUACACGCGGAGCUGGCAGACCUGCCGGAGCGAAGCAAACAUACUCCUGCAUCAGAGGGCGCCGAUGGAGAAGCUCAAGAGCCGUAUGAACAGCCGAAUGAUACAAAAGCAACCCCUUUUGUUUUUGGGGCAAAGGGCAAGAAUACUCUCUCGCUACAAUCUGCUGGAACGGCGGAAGAUACAAUAUGCUCGAAUAUAACUUUCGACGAGAGCCCAUUAACUUUCGAUCCCUCAAAAUAUAUCAAAGACUUACAAGGACACUGGGCUGCGGAGGGAGGCGAUGCAUCCUAUGCACUUCUCACAAGGUGUUUCGUCUUAGUCAAUAGUACACAGAGUCGUAUCAAGAUUGUAGAUACUCUUGUGAAUUUGCUCAGAGUGAUUAUUGAGGGUGACCCAAGUAGUCUUCUGCCUACUGUGUGGCUAAGUACCAACGCCAUCUCUCCGCCGUACAUUUCCUUGGAACUUGGUCUUGGAGGCUCCGCCAUAUCCAAGGCAUUAAAGAAUGUUUGUGGCUUAGACAAUAAAUCACUGAAAGCUCUCUACGAUAAAGUUGGAGAUGCUGGCGAUGUUGCAUUCGAGGCCAAGAAGAAGCAGAGCUUCACUCUUAGGAAGCCAAAGCCACUCUCCAUCAAGGGUGUGUAUCAAUCCCUUGUGAAGAUUGCCAACACCCAAGGAACGGGAAGCGGUGAGAUCAAGCAAAGGGUGGUCGAUCGACUUCUACAAGAUGCUCGGGGUGCUGAGGAGAGUCGAUACAUAGUGAGGACGUUGUGUCAACAUCUUCGAAUCGGGGCAGUCAAGACAACUAUGCUCAUUGCAUUGUCUCGUGCAUUUCUCCUAUCACGCCCACCUGGCGCUGAUUUCUCGCUCAGAAAUCCCCAAGAACUUGCAAAGCUAAAGAAGGAGAAUCUAGUAGAAGUCUGGUCUAAAGCAGAGGAGAUUGUCAAAGCAUGCUUCGCUAAGCGGCCUAACUACAAUGAUCUCAUACCUAUCAUGCUCGAGAUUGGAGUGUGUGAUGAGCUACUCAUUAGAUGUGGUCUAGCUCUACACAUUCCGCUACGACCUAUGCUUGGUAGCAUUACUCGAGAUCUGUCUGAGAUGCUCACCAAACUUCAAGGUCGAGAUUUCAGCUGCGAGUACAAGUACGAUGGUCAAAGAGCACAAGUUCAUUGCGACGAUCAGGGAAAGGUUACCAUCUUUUCCCGACAUCUUGAGCUCAUGACAGACAAGUAUCCAGAUCUGGUAGCCUUGAUCCCAAAGAUUAGAGGCGAAGGUGUCUCCAGUUUCAUCAUGGAAGGAGAAGUAGUUGCUGUCGAUCAAAAUACAGGCGACCUAAAGACAUUUCAAACACUGGCCAAUAGAGCUAGGAAAGAUGUAGUAAUUGGCAGCGUGAAGAUAGACGUCUGCCUAUUCUCAUUUGACCUCAUGUAUCUCAACGGCGAGUCGCUUCUUGACCGACCAUUCCGCGAAAGACGAGAACUUCUCAGGGGACUCUUCACAGAAGUUCCCAAUCAAUUCACAUGGGUGAAGAGUAUCGAUGCGACCUCUCAAGACUCGGAGACAGUCCUCGAGUUUUUCAAGAGCGCAACAGACAUCAAAUGCGAAGGCAUCAUGGUCAAGAUUCUGGACAAUUUACCAAAUCCCAACCUUCAAUCCGAAGUGAUAGAAGAAAAUGACUCUGCAGCACCAGAAGCAGCUCCUCCACCACCAACAAAAACCACCACAAAAGGCAAAAAGAAAUCUGCCAAAGAUGACCCCUCUCCAGCCGAAAAGAAGACCCGGCGCAAACCGCUUCUUGCUACGUACGAACCAGAUAAACGCCUCGACUCCUGGCUCAAAGUUAAAAAGGACUACUCUACCACCUUCGACACAUUGGACUUAAUCCCCGUCGCAGGUUGGCACGGCCAAGGCCGCAAAGCCGCUUGGUGGUCACCUAUCCUCCUCGCCUGCCGAAAUCCAGAAUCCGGGUCUUUGGAAGCCGUCUGCAAAUGCAUAUCCGGCUUCACCGACUCAUUCUACAAAGCCAACAAAGAAUUUUACUCCCAAGAUGGCCCAAACACAUUAGGAUCCAAACCAAGAUACGUCGAAUAUACUGGAGGACAUCCAGAUGUAUGGUUUGAGCCUCAAGAAGUGUGGGAGAUGGCGUUCGCAGAUAUCACGAUCAGUCCUACGUAUACGGCUGCCAUUGGCUUAGUGAGUGAAGAUCGUGGAUUGUCGCUGAGAUUUCCGAGGUUUUUGAAAAAGAGGGAUGAUAAGGGGAUUGAGGAGGCGAGUACGAAUGAUUUUUUAGCGGGGCUGUGGAGGAAGCAGGAGGAGAAGGCACCUGGUCCCGGGAAGGAGGUCCAAGAUGAGGGUGAUGAGGAUGAGUAAUGUAUUGUGAAUGGUGACAGGGUGUGUCAAUGUACUUUACACUUGUACAAUUCAAUAUUGUGGAUAAGAG